AUGGCACUCUGUAAAAUUGUUUCAAUGAGUGUUUUACCGAAUAACUGUUUGAUUGUUGUUGGAGAUAUUCUAAUCGAUUCGGAUAGUGAAAAACAUAUUCGGAAACUAGAAAGAGUUUCCUAUCUAUUUGGUUCCUUGACAGUGAACAGUACCUCGCUUAACAAUUUGGACAGUUUCUACGCGAUUCAAGCUAUUGAAUAUUUUGGUAACGGUCCAGUCAUCCGAAUAACUUCAAAUAAGAAUAUGAAAAGUGCAAAGUUUCAUACUUUAAAUAACAUCUAUACACGGGACGGCGCCCGUGAGGCACUUAUUCAGGACAACCAUAAAGAUAUUUUCAAAGAACAUAAAGAAAAGUGCAAUCUUAUUGAGCCUUCGGAAAAGUAUUGGGUAUGUCGAGCUAGAAUGAAGUUCACCGGCGGAGAUUGCGGGCAAAUGGUAAAUCUAACAGAACUGGAUUUGGAAAGCUAUUCGGAGGCAUCUUUUUCAAACAUAGGUUUUUUGAUAAUGGCUUGCUUUCUAGUUUUUUGGUUUCAAUUUAAUUGA